UCUUUCCUAGGGGUGGGAGUUUGCUGCAAACUUUGUUUAUGGGACAGUCCGGGAGCCUUGGCGGCUGCGCUCGUCUGUGUCUUCUCAGUCGCCUCCUCGCGUAGUGCGAGCGCUCGGGGCCGGCUCCGGGGAUGUAAGAGUCCAAACCUUCGGCUGCUGGGAAUCCGCUCAGGAUCUGCCAGCCGGGGCCGAGUUCCAGCUUGCUAGUUCGGGAGGCUCUCAGGCUCGGCUUCCCCGCGUGCCCAGAAAGAUGAAUCCGUCCUCGGUGCCCCCUGCGCUCCCGCCUCCAGGGCAGCAAGUCAUCCACGUCACGCAGGACCUCGACACGGACCUCGAAGCCCUCUUCAACUCUGUCAUGAACCCCAAGCCCAGCUCUUGGCGGAAAAAGAUCCUGCCGGAGUCCUUCUUCAAGGAGCCCGAUUCUGGCUCGCACUCGCGCCAGUCCAGCACCGACUCAUCGGGCGGCCACCCCGGGCCUCGACUGGCGGGCGGCGCGCAGCACGUCCGCUCGCACUCGUCGCCCGCAUCCCUGCAGCUAGGCACUGGUGCGGGCGCCGCAGGAGGCCCUGCACAGCAGCACGCGCAUCUCCGUCAGCAGUCCUAUGACGUGACCGACGAGCUGCCACUGCCCCCCGGGUGGGAGAUGACCUUCACCGCCACUGGCCAGAGAUACUUUCUCAAUCACAUAGAAAAAAUCACCACAUGGCAAGACCCUCGGAAGGCGAUGAAUCAGCCCCUGAAUCAUGUGAACCUCCACCCUUCUAUCACUUCCACGUCGGUGCCGCAAAGGUCCAUGGCAGUGUCCCAGCCGAAUCUUGUGAUGAAUCACCAACAUCAGCCACAAGUCGGGCCCAGUAACCUGAGUCCACAGAACCACCCAACCCCGAACCCACCCACGGGGCUCAUGAGCGUGCCCAAUGCACUGACCACUCAGCAGCAACAGCAGCAGAAACUGCGACUCCAGAGGAUCCAGAUGGAGAGAGAGAGGAUCAGGAUGCGCCAAGAGGAGCUCCUGAGGCAGGAAGCUGCCCUCUGCAGACAGCUCCCCAUGGAGGAGACCAUGGCCUCUGUCAACCCGCCUGCCAUGACCACAGAUAUGAGGUCCAUCACCAACAACAGCUCAGAUCCAUUCCUCAAUGGAGGACCCUAUCAUUCAAGGGAGCAGAGCACAGACAGUGGCCUGGGGUUGGGGUGCUACAGUGUCCCCACAACUCCAGAGGACUUCCUCAGCAACAUGGACGAGAUGGAAACAGGAGAAAAUGCAGGUCAGACGCCCAUGGCCGUCAAUCCCCAGCAGACUCGCUUCCCUGAUUUCCUUGACUGCCUUCCAGGAACCAACGUUGACCUAGGGACUUUGGAGUCUGAAGAUCUGAUCCCCCUCUUCAAUGAUGUAGAGUCUGCUCUGAACAAAAGCGAGCCCUUUCUAACCUGGCUGUGAUUGCUCCCAUGGUAAUGUGUUGCCGCUGUGACCUGACCUUUCCUGGGCCUCGUGGAACAAGCGAGAGGGAGUGAAGCAGGUCCACAGAUGCACUGCUCUCGGCCUCCAUACUCACACUCCUGGUCCAUGCAGCCAGCUAAUCAUUGCCUGGGUUUGACUUACAAGAACUUAAGUUACACAUAAAUAAACAUUCUCUUUAUUUUCUGCCAGCCUGCAUUUCCGUGACAGAUAGUGCAGAAUUGAUUAUACAGAAUAACUUCUUAAAAAUCCCUGUUACCCUUUGGCUUAGCUUUAUAGGUAUUAGCUAAAAUUCACAUGUCAAUUGAUUCUAAGCCAUAAAAGCUGACCCCAGGCAGUGAAUUCUGACUGGCAGCUUGGUCCAAGAAACGUGCAAGAAGACCCAAUUUGCAGUUUCAAAAACUGUACUGAUAACUCUAGUAACAAAUGCUUUAAAACUUAUUUAACUUGAUCUUAAAAAAAAAAUCAUUGUAUAGAUAGUAAAUUUCUGUUGUGUGGAACACGACGCAGUUUGGAAUCCAUGCUGGCUCUGAUGUCUACUCUCAUUCUGUAUUUACAAAGGCACAGAGUCCUAAUGUCACCACCCUUUGUCAUUUGACUGCAGAGCACCCAGCGGCUCGGCCUUACGUGCAGAAGGGCCACUGCGAUAUUUGUCACAGGUCUUGCAUGACCGGUCGUGUGAAAGAGACCAGUUUGGUACUAAGAUGAACAGUUAUGAAGCCAAACUAUUUUUUUUUUAAUUGCAACCUGUAUUCUUUGCAAAAUGCAGCUUGGAAUUUGAUGUUUGUGUUAUGAAACACUGUCAUUUUGUGGCUUAUGACAAAGGGCCGCCGAAUGUUUUUUGAUGAAUCAGUGGCAACUAUUUUUGUCUUUUGACCUAUUCUGAAAACAUCAGGCCAGCAUAGAUCUCAGCCUGACGACACACAAAGUAGCUGUUGCAUUUUGCACUCUGAGGCACUGUCAAUUCUGCUUUCGAGGUUUCAAGCGCUUAAAAUGAUCCUCUCUGUAGAAGUGUUUGAAGAAUGAAACAGAUGUCUGACUGUGUACACAGAAAGGCCUUGACAGGACAUGUCGUCUAGAUUUGUGCUUCUGGGCGGAGUAAAAUUGAUUCCUAAGUAUGUUAUCCUAGCUAACCCCUUUGCUAAGUUGGUACAAAAAGGCAUAAGAUAUGUACUCAAUACCUCUUAUGUAACCAACUUUUUUUUUUUUUUUAUUAGCUCUUAAGGACUGAGAGCAUCAUGUUCAUUUAGCAGGCGGUCUGCCCGCACUAGCAAUGAAGUCCUUAGCUCUUUAUUAUUUUGAACUGACAUUAUUUAUAGUGUAUGAAUUUAAUCUCCUUUUUUAUUUUUUUGAAAGACAACAAGAAUCCGAGAGGAAACUUUCAGUGUCCAUGAGGGUGAGGGCUUUGUUGUUGAGGAUCUUGAAUGAGAUCCCUUUGGUCCAUUGGAAUAUAGGUACACAGAGUACACUUGGUCGUGGUGGGAAGAGGCAAGUGAAAGGUCAGAGACGAAGCUGUGGAAUAUGCCAGAAAGGCCAGUCGAUGGGAAAUGAGCCAGACUCAUCAGAACCCCUCAAAAGCAAGGCAAGCAAGACGGGUGAGAAGUGCCCUCGAAGAACAAAGCAAUUUUCUCUCAGCCUUUGUACCAAAAGACCCUGCUGUCAGAGAGAUAGGGUUAGGGCGCACUUUACUGGCGGGAGGGGCGGAGAGGAGGAAGGGACAGGGCUGUGGUACUCUGGAGCUCUGUCUGUGUGCUUGCUAGACACAGCAGCAGGCAAGAGCAUGGGCCACUGUUGCACCCAGCACUCUGAAAUGCUUUCUCUUUCCUUGGAAGAGCCCCUGUUAACGCCCAGUUAACUCCUUGCUCUCACUGAGCACUCUGAGAGAGGCGAGUUGGUAUUUAUGUUGCUACUAGGUUGAAAGGGAGCACUCUUUCUUUAUCUCUUUUGUUAGCAAAAAUUGCAAAAAGAGUUGUACAUUCUUUCUGAGGAAAAUCAAAAACAAACCAAAACACAAGGGACCUAACAAAACUCGACAGUGUUACUGUAUUUAAAAAUAUUUUUAUACAUGCAUUUCAGGCUAUUAAAUGUAAAAAAAAGAUACUCUUUUUUUUUAAAUAGUUAAAUCAUUGAUGGUUUAUGUUGCCAAGUUUUAGAAGCAAUUUUAUAAUACGCUUGUGGCAUUAUGAAAUAUUAGAAUAAUUUUUUAGUAAAUUAGUUUAAACCUUUUUAAUGAAUAUAAUAUUUUUCUAGAAUAAAAUAUGGCCCCUGACUGUUUACUAAUAGAUAAGCCAGAUAUAAUUUCUGUUGUUUUUAAGACUAUAAAAUAUGGCUUUUUAAAGAGAGCUAAACCUAGAAAUCAGAAGUCAGACCUUUUUUUUUUUCGAGUUCUGAUUGAACUCAAGACUUCAUGUGUUAGGCAAGUGCUUUGCCACUGAGCUCCAUCCCCAGCCCUAAGAACAAUCUCUUAGAGGUUCUUUAGGAUUACUGUAAGUAUUAAUAGUCCCCAAGAAUUCAUAAUAAGGUGCUAUUCAUAUACUAUCUCAUAAUAUAAGACAACUUGUCAGACUAGCUAGUCUUUCUUCGUCCUAAAUCAAUACAUUUUUACCAUAUCAUCUCCAAAUUUUGUCAUAGAAUAGGCAACUUUAAAAGUUGGAUUUAAGAAGAAGCAGCUUUUCCCGAUAAGAUACACUUUCUUGAAGGAUUUCGAUGGUGAAAGCAUCCUGCCAUUUUGUUAGCAUUGGGGGUUUCUUUUUUAGGCAGUGUUUCACUGUAGUCUCUAGGAUGUAAGAUGUAUUUCUUUCAGUGAUUUCCCCAUGUGUGAGAAGCACAUAAAACAGAACCAGCUUUAGCCCCCUGGGCACUGCUCAGCAGAAAGGAAUGUGCAGGAGGUGGCCUGAAGUGGCCGACGGGGUCACUGAGUGCUGUGUUCUUAUAAUGCAAUUAGAAACAACUUCUGAAAGGACAACUUUUGGGGGAAAAAAAAAACAAGCCAUAAAAAAAAAGAAAAAAAAGGAAAGCUAUAGAUUAAUUUAAUGGGAAAAGGGUGAUUGACAGAGACCAUUUCCCUGACACUGUAUUAUACACGUGCUAAUACUUUAACUUAAUUUUUUUUUUUUACUUCUACAUUUUAUCAAAUGAGACCUGUGUUGUUGAUUUCUAAUCCAGUGUGUUCUGCAUACAGGAAACAUGCAGCCAAAUCCAUCAAAUCAAGCCAUUUUAUCUGGAGUUUGUUACAGGUUUUAAUUCUCAAUUCUGUAUAAAAAAAUAAAUACAAUUGAACUUCCA